AGGCGAACGGGGAAUGUGCACGCGAGGGGGGAGGGACCUGGGUGGGGGCCUAGAGCCGGCGCUUGCGCAGAUGUGUCUUCGGUGAGGGAGGGAACGGUUGCCUGUUGGUUGUUGUAGUAACAGGAGAAGCGCCGGCAGGCGCCGCGCGUACCGGGCCCCAAGGGAAAUGUAGCAGCAGAAAACAGCAUUGUUUAGGUUUACUGAUGCUACAGGGAAGAGUUUGAAAGGACACUGUUUCUGGGCUGUAUGAAAACGCCCACAGGAAAUGCCAGUUGGAAUGGCUCGGGAUUUGGAAGAAACGGAUUCAUCGUCAGAGGAAGAGGAAGCAGUAGAAGGACCACAGGAACACCCAUGCAUCAUGUGGACAGGUGGAUUCAGAAGGAUUCCAAUCCUGGUAUUUCAUGCAGAAGCUAUUCUAACCAAGGACAGCUACAUCCGCUUGAUUGGAGAGCGCUAUCACUUGUCUUUUAAGAUUGUGAGAACAGACAGCCGCCUGGUACGGAGCAUUUUGUCAGCCCAUGGUUUCCGUGAGGUCCACCCAAGUAGCAAUGAGUAUAACCUUAUGUGGACAGGGUCCCAUCUGAAACCCUAUGUACUACGAACCCUCACAGAUAUUCAAAAGGUCAACCACUUUCCCAGGUCUUACGAAUUAACUCGAAAGGACAGAUUGUACAAGAACAUCAAUCGCAUGCAACAAACUUAUGGAUUCAAGACAUUCCAUGUACUCCCUCAGACCUUCAUCCUCCCAGCUGAAUAUCAAGAAUUUUGUAACUCUUAUUCAAAGGACAGGGGGCCCUGGAUAGUGAAACCUGUGGCAUCUUCUAGGGGGCGAGGUGUCUAUUUGAUCAACAAUCCAAGUCAGAUUUCUCUUGAAGAGAACAUCUUGGUCUCCCGCUACAUCAACAAUCCCCUGCUCAUAGAUGACUUCAAAUUUGAUGUGCGGCUGUAUGUUCUGGUGACAUCUUAUGACCCCCUUAUCAUCUACCUGUAUGAAGAAGGUCUGGCCAGGUUUGCAACUGUGAGAUAUGACCAGGGAGCAAAGAAUAUUAAGAACCAGUUCAUGCAUCUAACCAACUACAGUGUCAACAAGAAGAGUGGUGACUAUGUCAGUUGUGAUGACCCUGAAGUGGAAGAUUAUGGGAACAAGUGGAGUAUGAGUGCAAUGCUGAGGUAUCUCAAACAGGAAGGGAAAGAUACGACAGCUCUGAUGGCCAGUGUGGAAGAUCUGAUAAUUAAGACAAUACUUUCAGCUGAACUAGCAAUUGCUGCAGCUUGUAAAGCCUUUGUCCCACACCGUGGUGUUUGUUUUGAUCAACAAUCCAUCUACUCUACUACUCUGUUUCCACCAAUGGUUAGCCAGAUGCCCCUGGAAGUUCAGAAGCUUGGCGUAAUAGUCAUAGCUGUCUCCUGUUAA